CGUAGUGGAGGGUCGCUGCCUCAGGCGUGCACCUACCUAGAACGCAUUCUUGGUGGGUGGGGGACGAAUUGUUGGAGCUGCCUUCCCUUUCCCCCUUUCCCCUUCACUCCUGUCCCUGCUUCCCCAGCCUGUUAACCAAGUGUGGGCUUGCAUCAGCCAGGGCUCACGAAGCCUUUGGAGCUGUGCGUCCACCUUCCACGAGACCUCCUUGUUGCACUUGGGAUGGCCAGCCGAACCGAGGCCCCCGAUGGGGGCUGGGGGUGGGUCGUGGUUCUUUCAGCUUUUUUCCAGUCCGCGCUGGUGUUUGGGGUGCUGCGAUCUUUCGGCGUCUUCUUCUUGGAGUUUGUAGCGGCGUUCAAAGAACCAGCGGUGCGGGUCUCUUGGAUCACCUCCAUUGGGAUCGCAGUGCAGCAGUUUGGGAGCCCUGUAGGCAGUGCCCUGAGUACACAGUUCGGCCCUCGGCCUGUGGUGAUGACAGGGGGCAUCUUGGCUGCUCUGGGUAUGAUGUUGGCCUCAUUUGCGACCUCCUUGACACACCUCUAUCUUAGCAUCGGCCUGAUCUCUGGCUCAGGAUGGGCCCUGACCUUCACCCCUACCCUGGCCUGCCUCUCCAGAUACUUCUCCAAACGUCGGUCACUUGCGACAGGAUUAGCAUUGACUGGCAUAGGCCUCUCUUCCUUUGUCUUUGCCCCAUUCUUCCAGUGGCUUAUCACCUAUUAUGCAUGGCGAGGUGCCCUUCUCUUGGUAGCUGCUCUCUCCCUACACCUUGUGGCCUGUGGGGCUCUCCUUCGACCUCUCAGACUGUCAGAAGAUCCUGCUGUGGGAGGCCCAAUGGCUCAGUUGGUCUCCCUACUCCACCACGGCCCCUUUCUACGUUAUACUGCUGCCCUCACCCUGAUCAAUGCUGGCUACUUUAUCCCCUACGUACACCUUGUGGCACAUGCCCAGGACUUGGGUUGGGAUCCACUGCCUGCAGCCUUCCUCCUGUCGUUGGUGGCUGUGGCAGACCUGAUAGGGCGUGUAUUCUCAGGGUGGCUGGGGGACAUAAGCCCAGGGCCUGUGGCCCGGCUGUUGGCACUAUGGUCUUUUCUGACAGGGAUGGCAUUGGCCCUGCUCCCUAUGGCACAUCAAUUCUUUGUCCUCAUUGUCCUGGCUAUAGCUUAUGGCUUCACUGCAGGGGCCCUGACUCCUGUUGCUUUCUCAGUCCUGCCUGAACUUGUUGGAGUUGGACGGAUAUACAGUGGCCUAGGGCUGUUACAAUCGGUAGAGAGCAUUGGGGGACUGUUGGGGGCACCAUUGUCAGGCUACCUCCGAGAUUUGACAGGCAGCUACACAGUCUCCUUUGUGGUGGCUGGAGCCUUCCUCCUCAGUGGGAGCAUGGUGCUCCUUACCCUUCCUGGUUUCUUCUGCUGCUCCUUCCUACCUUCUGCUAGAGGACAAUACUCUGUGACAAAGUCACUGGAAGCCAGAGUCUCCCCCAAAAUGGCUGAAUAUGAAGAAGAAAGCCCAGGGGCCCAAGAUCCUUAACUUAGAUAAGGUUCUAACAACUCCUCUCCUUCAUCUCUUCUCAAAGAACCUUGGCUAUUUCUGUCUGCCUCUCUGUGCCUGCUUAGGAGCAAGUGACAGUUAGCUCUUACCCAAUAUGGCCCUCUUCGGUUGCUCAGUUGUAAUUCCUCCCUUCCCCUCUACCCUGCCGUUGUCUCCAAGGCUCCAAAGACCACGUGAGUUCAAGGCCCUCUGCUGUUUUUCUUCCCCUUGCCUCUACUACCAGUCUCAAGCUAUGGAUCAAAGACCCAUGGCAAGGACCUGUCUGAUGCUUUUCAUUUGGCCUUUUUGAGUAGCCCACUUCAGGGAUGAGGAAAAUCAAGAUGAGUGUGUCUCUAACUUAGGACAGGAAGAGAGAGAGAUGGGGCCUGCUGGUGGUAGAUGGAUGAGGUCAUGGGCCUGGGUACUUAACAUACCUGUUUCUCCUAUCUCCAGGGCUGGGAUGUUCCGGACCAUGCCAGGUCAGACUGUACUCUAGGUCCUUUUUAAUAUUGUCCACCUCUUUUUCUGAGGAGGGAAUCAAAACUUGAGAGGGAAAAUAGGGCUGCCAACAGGAUCCCUAGGUCCCCCAGACCAAAAGAAAGGGUAAAUUGGUAAAAUGUCAUAGGGUCCUAGUGGGGAAAGAAGCUGAAGAUGAGAAGAGAGCAAGGGGAAAAGACCAUGAUGUCUAAAGUCCUGCUCAGAAAUCAGGGUGGAGUCAUAUGUAUCCAGAUUGUUCUCCUUGCUCAAAAACAAGGUACCAUCCCUUGGUACUGCCCAAGGUAGGAGUGGAGAGGAGGCCAGCCUCCUACAGAGAAUAGGGAGGGGGAGAAUAAAGGAGACCUGCCUUGUCCCCCAGACUCGGCUCCCUCAAUUUAGGAGUUCCCAGUAUCCUAAUAAUAUAGGGU